GCCUCCCAGGUGCAGCCGAAUGCCGGGCGAAUCGUGAUUUUCUCGUCUCCGAAAUGUCCGAUGAAAUACAGGAAAUAAUCCGUGGACUUCAGCUGACGGAAACUGAUGCGUCCGAACUGUUUGACGAUGAUUUGGCAGCUCUGCAUGUCACUAAAGCCACUUUCGAUAGUCGUUUGCAGUUCGUCGAGGAUUGGCUCAGCAAUCCAGGAUUCGUUGUGGACAGUGCCGGUGAGAAAGCUCUGCAACAGUUACUGAGUGCUGCUCGUCGACUAACGGACUUGACUGGUACCAAUGAGGAGCGCAAAACCAUACAAGACUUGUGUUCAGAAAUACAGAACCUUGGACUGUCGUUGAACGAGCAUCGUCGCCGUGGUGAUACACACGGCCCGCAAGUUAGUCGUCUCGGUUCUACUUGCAGUGCGAAACUGAAACACUUGAACACACUAUGUUCGGAUCUGAUUAACCGGAGCGAUAGACAUAAUCCCAUCUUCCGGUUAGCCCGUACUCUGGAGGGAAAACUCGUCCAAGCACAACGUUGGCUUGUUGAUCCGCGUGGGCCACAACGGCAGGUCGGUUUGGAAGCUUGUCGAUCUUUCGUGCAAGGUGCCAAAAAGCUAAUGGAUCUUGGACCACAUUCUGUAACAGACCAGAAUACAAACGGAGACAAGGCUAGAGUCGCUGAGGAUGCUUGUUGGGAGGCCUGUGAACACGUGGAAAGGGCUGCCGAUAGACUGUACACGAUUUCGAGCCAGCCUGAAACUCCGGAAACUACUGUUGCUCAGCACGACUUGUCUCUGGCAAUCAGCCGUAGUUUAGCACAUAUCUGGCAAACUCUCCAAAACCACUUGGUUACCCGGGUUGCAGAAACAUAUACCGAUCUUGUUGGUCCACUUAGACAACUCACCGAAACCGCCUGCCCUUCCUCUGGUGAUCCUCCAAAUGAAAAUGUCUACAACGACAAAGCUCAGCUUUUCUCGUCCCAGUGUGGUCAGCUUUCGGCCACUGCUGAGUUAGCCGCAGCAGCCAGUUUAUCUGACGUGUGGCGUGCAGAUGCCCUACGUUGCCUCGCCAGUCAGCUUCCUGAGCUGGGCUCGCAAGUGGUUCUGGCUGGUCGGGCAGUUGUUUUGUCGUGUGCUUCCCGCCUGCCUGGUUCCACUCCACUACCGCACGAACAAGCAACAGUGGACCAUUUCGCUUUGAUGCGGCAACAUUGGACAGACACAGCUGAGCGCAUGCGAACACUGGUCGAUGAGGCGGUCGAUGCCAACGCCUUUAUCAUGGCCCAGGAGGCAUGCAUGAUGAAAGAUGUAGACAUGACGGAGAAGAGUAUCCAGCAGGCAUUUACUACGGGUGUAGUAGAGGCAACGACAAGUCUGGCACGAAGAGCUAACCGAAUACUCCAAGUUGCCACUCGGGAAGCUGAGAACAGCGAGGACCCCGUCUAUGUUAAUCGGGUGAACGAAUCGGUGAAACAGCUACGAGCGACCAUCACACCAAUGGUCAACGAAGCAAAGGGACUUGUGUUGGAGAUAAAAGAUCCCCAGAUUCACGAUCGCUGGAGAGCCGCUAACCGACAGAUGCUGGUAGCUGUUGGAAUGGUCAAACAGGCCGUUGGUCCUUCUGUCCUCCCAACGACCUACUAUCAUGAGCAUUACCAGUCGACAAACCAUACCCCCUCUUCAUCACAACACCCCUGUUGUGAGGCGCCAGUCCAAGAAAUGCAAAAUUUGGUCAUUCAAACUCCUGCGGCAUCGGGAACAGAUACUUCGGAUACAGAUAUUGAAGAAGAGUUCAAUUUCCCACCACCAGAGGAAAACCAACCCAUCAUGGCGGCUGCUCAUGCACUUCACCAAGAGGCACGCCUGUGGUGUAGCAGAGACAAUGAGCUGAUUGCGACAACCAAGAGGAUGGCAGCACUCAUGGCGCAACUGAGCCAAAUCGUGCGUGGUGAAUACGGUACGAAAAAAGAUUUGAUCAACGUCGCGAUGGCAAUUGCUGGCGCGUCGCUGGAUGCUAAUCGUUGCGCAAAAGCCUUAGCGAAAGAGUGCACCGACAGGCGAAUACGUUCAAAUUUAUUGCAUCUCAGUGAGCGCAUCCUAACAAUCGGGAAUCAACUCAAAAUACUAUCUACAGUGAAAGCUACUAUGUUGGAAUCACAAGGCAAAGGAAUUCAUCAUACCCCUCUUUUAAUGCAAGCCCUUGAACGUCCGGUCAAAGGCCUCCUAAUCAGGUUUCUCUUAGCUACAAAUGCAAAGGAUGACCAACAGUACGGAUUUCUAUCUCAGAGAUCCGUUAUUGGCCGCCAGCUUCACUUCUUUGAGACUAUCACAGCAGCCUACAAAGCUGGAUACCCCACUGCAACAGUCUACCUGAACAUUCAAAAGGCCUUCAUCAGGUACCCAAAUUCCUCCCUGCAACACAAACUUAGUACCGUUGGCAUCACUAAAGCCUUAUUUUAAACACCCGCAAAUAUCCAAUUCCUUCUCUCGACCCUGACCUCUCGUUCACUCGUUCCGUUAACCGCAACGCACCACCUGACCCCAACUGCUUCCAUGGCAUAUUCAUUCCAACCUGUUGAACUACUCGUUCGAAUUUCACUACCUCUGUUUCUGUGCCUCUCACUAAAUUCAUUGGCCUUCAAUACAGUUCGUGUUCCUGUUUGCGUGAUGCCACCAUCUCACUCUUUAAAAGACCUAUCUUGCCCGACUCAAAACAGCAACAUAGGUGAGUCCUACGGUUUCUGUGAUUCCUGUU